AUGUGUGUCAGCAGCAGUAAUACUCACAACGUCUCCCGAGGUCUCUCUGGCAAAUACGGCCACCUCUUCAAGAAAUUCAACACAUCUCAGUACAAGUACAGCCUCCCUGACGACAUUGACUGGCGUACCUCUGGUGCUGUCACCUCUGUCAAAGACCAGCUCCGGUGCAGUUCCUCGUACGCAUUUGCUGCUAUUGGAGCUCUCGAGGGAGCCAUGGCUCUCUCAGGGGACAGUCUGGUGUCCCUCAGUGCACAGAACCUCGUUGACUGCUCAGUUCCCUAUGGCAACCACGGCUGUUCGUGUGGAAACCUGAACAGUGCCUACCUCUACAUCAUUGACAACGAGGGAAUCGAUAGCAACUACUACUAUCAAUACAAGUCAAGGCAACUGUCCUGCAAUACUACAAACAGGUACAAGGCGGCCUCAAUGAGUGGUGUUGUGUCAAUUAACUCUGGAGAUGAAGGGACCUCAAAUCAGCAGUGGCCAAUGUUGGACGGUUCCACUAUGUUGACGCCAGUCACAGCUCCUUCCAAUUCUAAAGCGAGGGGAUCAUGGACAUUCAACUGUUCUCGUAGCAAACUGACCCAUGCCAUGGUAAUCAUUGGUUAUAGCAGUGGACGUCGCACAAGGACCUGGCUGCUGAAGAACAGCGCUGGGGUCCAACUGGGGAUCAAUGGCUACAUCAAGAUGGUUCGAAACAAGAGCACGCAAUGUGGCGGGUGGCAACUCAGCAGGAGGAGCGCUUCCCACCCUAUGAUGUCCUCAAUCGUCUCUCUCUGCAUAUUAGUAGUGUCAUUAUAG